UCAAACACCAAUAGUUCGCAAAGAAAGAAGCAAAGCAACUUCUUGUAAGAUGGACCUCAAAGACUGACCGGUCACUACUCACUAGUCAGGCCUUUCAGGGGAAAAGAGAGAUUUGAUUGAUCUGCUCAAAAUUGUCUUCCAUUGUCCUCACACAAAUGAGGACUUCAGCACUGGUUUCAUGGCUCUUCUUCUAUUCAUAUGUUGCAACUGUUUUCCGCAUUAAGGCUGUUUCAGUUUCUGGUCAAUGUCAAAGCGAUCAGCAAGAGUUGCUGCUCGGAUUGAAAAAUAGCCUCAAUUCUUCAUCGUCUGAGAAGUUGUUGAAGUGGAAUCAAAGCACGGAUUGCUGUUCUUGGGAUGGUAUAACCUGCAAUGCAGAUGGUCAGGUUAUUGGACUUGACUUGAGCAAAGAAUUGAUUUCGGGAGCAAUUGAUAAGUCAAAUAGUCUUUUCCGUCUUCGGCAUCUUCAGCGACUUAAUUUGGCUUAUAACAGCUUCAAAUCCAAGUUUCCUUCAGGGUUUGAAAAUUUGGCAAAUUUGAGGUAUCUUAAUUUGUCAAAUGCAGGCUUCACUGGGCAAAUUCCGGUUGAGAUUUCAUACAUGACAAAGUUGGUUACUCUCGAUUUGUCAAAAUCAUGGCUUCUUGAUCUUGGAUCACUGAAACUCAAGAAGCCAAAUUUAGUUAUGCUUGUUCAGAACCUCACACGGCUACAGAAUCUCUAUCUUGACGGAAUAAAUAUAUCAGCAGACAGAAAUAAGUGGAGCCAGGCUUUAUCAUCUUCACUGCCUAAUCUGCAAGUGUUGAGCAUGAGCGGCUGUCAUCUUUCAGGACCUAUUAAUCCUUCCCUUGCCAAGCUUAUGUACAGUAACAAUUUGUUUGGUCCAUUCCCAAAAUUCUUUGCAGAAUUUCAAAAUUUGACUUCCUUGCAUCUUGGUGGGAAUAACUUGAGUGGAAGUGUACCAAAAGAAAUCCUCCAGGCACCGAAGUUGCAGACUCUUGAUUUGUCUUUCAACAAACUGCUCCAAGGUUCUUUUCUAUGGUUUCCUCCAAAUGCAUCUCUUCAGUCACUGCUAGUUGGUGACACAAAUUUUGGGGGGUGGUUACCAGAAUCUAUCAGCAACCUCGGAUUUGAAGGGCCUAUACCCGAAGCCAUAGGGGAUUUCAGAGCAUUAUACUUGCUUAACUUGUCAAAUAAUGCUCUCACGGGCACAGUCCCGUCAUUUUUAGGAAACUUGCCCAAGCUAGAGGCCUUAGACCUUUCAAGCAACCACCUAAUUGGGCAGAUUCCUCCGCAGCUAGCAAACUUAAAUUUCUUAUCAUUCCUAAAUCUCUCCAACAAUGAAUUGAUAGGAAAGAUCCCAUUAGGUACUCAAAUUCAGUCAUUUCCAGAAGCUUCGUUUGAAAACAAUGCAGGAUUAUGCGGGCCUCCUUUGAAGGCACCAUGCGAAUCCCCUCCAGUAACAAAAGUCGGCCCUCCAAAUCCCAGGACUGGUAACCAUAUCAAUUGGAAUUUGAUAAGUGUUGAGAUAGGAUUUGUCUUUGGUCUAGGAGCUGUCAUUGUACCUCUUAUGUUUUGGAAGAGAUGGAGGAUAUGGUAUUCCAAGCGCAUUGAUCGUGUUCUUUUCAAGUUUUUCCCUAAGCUGGACCACAGAAACAGAAAUCACAGGACAAUAGCUCAAUGGAUCCAAGGAAGAAGGCUAUAGUAAUAAUAAAGAGCAUCGCAGGAUGUGGGUUUGGACAAAUAAGAAGCGGGUUCACUCAGCUGGCUGAAACCCUUGUAUGACUGCACCAUGCACUAUAUAAGAAGGUUCAUCAGAAUCAGUAAACUUGUAUGCAUGAAAAUAAAGAGGGAAACUCUCCCUAAUUGUUCCUGUAGCUGUUGUGUUUUGAUUCCUCGUAAUCUUUGGAUGUACUUCAGUCUCGUUUGUAACCAUUUACCUCUUUAAAUAGAAGUAUCUAUCAAUGAAGUCAGAUAUAAGA